AUGUCUGCCAAUGAUAGUUUGACCGCCAUAGUUUCAAGCCUAGGCGCUGUGUCUGGUAUCCAGUCAGCAAAUCCACCGGGCGCAGCCCAAAGCAGGACAAUUGCAAACAAAAAGAACCCUUGCUUGUCUACCAUAGCCAAUAAGGCUCAAGCUCGAGGAAAGAAUGCAAACCCUGAAUCGUCCGAAGAUGAGGACAAAGGCCAAGAAGGUGCCGUGAUCACUGUCCUCUUAAGAGAAACCAAAGCAGAUACCGCAAGAGCAGUAGAGAAGACGUCAAAGAAACAACUGUUGAAGGAGAUGCUAGCAGCUCAGACCGCAGGCGACAACAAGGAAGUCAAGCGCAUCAUGAAAAUCCUCUUGGAGGAGUCGGAGCCCAACCAGGUGGCAGUGCCGAGAGUGGCGAUCACAAAAAGAAUCCAAGACCCAACCGAGGACAAGGAUAAUUUCCAAGAAGGAGGAGUGACCUUCAUGGUCCAAGGCGUGAACACCUUUUUAGGUUUAGGACUCCCUCCGUUUUUUGAUUGGAACAUGAAGGAGCUUAAAGGUAAGCCAGAGAUAUUACUUAAACCGCGAGCAAUAGUUACAUGCAACUAA